AUGAGUAUACUGAACAUUGAGACUCCUAGGGCUUGUCGUGAAUGUAGUUCAUUAUUAGGAGGUUUUCCAUGCAAUGGAGGUAGGUCGUACCAAAAUUCCAUAUUUGAUGGAAAUGGUUUUUGUACAAUUGAGGUGGGUAGUAUCGUAAAGCCAUAUUUGGUGAAAAGGGUUUCCAUGCAACAGAGGGUUAUCAGGGUACAACGUAAAGGUGCGGGAUCAAUCUUCAAAUCCCACACCCACAACCGUAAAGGCCCCUCCAGAUCCCGCAGUCUCGAUUUCGGUGAAAGAAACGACUACCGCAAGGGAGUAAUCACCGACAUCAUCCACGACCCAGGUCAUGGUGCACCUCUUUCCAUGGUCACUUUCCGUCACCCAUUUAGGUAUAAGAAACAGAACGAGCUUUUUGUUGUUGCUGAAGUAUUAUACACUGAGAAGGUUAUUUAUUGCGGGAAGAAAGCUACGCUUGUUGUUAGUAAUGUUUUGCCGGUUAGGUCUAUUCCUGAAGGAGCUUUGAUUUGUAACGUUGAACACCAUGUUGGUGAUCGUGGUGCUUUUGCUAGGUGCUCUGGGGAUUAUGUUAUUGUUAUUAGUCAUAAUCCCGAUAGUGAUACAUCUAGCGUUAAGCCUCCAUCUGGGACUUCAUGGAGAUUUUGUAAACACAUCUGCCAAUUGAUCAUUCAAGUUUAUAAAGCUUGUGGCGAUGUCGCCUGA